GGAUAAUUCAUUCCGUAUGACCAAUCACUGUACGUCUAACAAAAUUGGUGACGAAGAACGAAGACCUUGACCAAAAUAUUUAUUGUUGGGUACUAGGGUACGUGGUGCCUGAAAAAGACAGAAAAUGUCGUACCCUUACAUGAGGAAACUAGGCACAGGCUUGACAGGAAUGAUGAAAGUGGAGCACCCUCAUCGUAGAUUAACAAUUCUCUAUGAGAAAAUUAUUCAAACACUUGUUAGAUUCCCUGCAGAGAGCGUAUAUCGGCAGCAUUCUGAGCCAUUGUAUCGUGAGAAGCUUGCUCAUGUUAAGGCAACGGAGGAUGUCAAGAAACUAGAAGAGCUGUUGGGGGAUGUACACAUUGAGAUGUCCUUGGAUCAAGCUGAUAGGGAACUCCAAUUGACAAGGGAAAUGAUGAAAUGGAGGGUAUGGGAACCAUUACACGAAGAAGCUCCAAAAGAUCAGUGGACUUGGCCACCAAAUUAAAAUGAUUGUGAAUAUUUGUUGUAUAAGGACGUAUGUACAUUGUGUAAUUAAAAGUGAUACAAAAGAAAA